AUGAAGACAGCCAAUAAAUUAGGAAUAAAAUCAGUUUGCGUAUAUAGCGAAGCAGAUAAAAAUGCUUUGCAUGUUAAAAUGGCAAUUCAUCCAGGCUAUGGGUUUUUAUCAGAAAAUCCAAAUUUUGCAAAAAGAUUAGCUGAAGAAAAAAUCACAUUCAUAGGACCACCUGCAUCUGCAAUGAUUUCAAUGGAUAUUAUGAUGGCAGCUAAUGUACCAGUUGUUCCUGGAUAUCAUGGAUCAAAUCAAGAUCCUAAAUUUUUAAAAGAAAAGGCUUCAGAGAUUGGUUAUCCGGUAUUAAUAAAAGCUGUUAAAGGUGGUGGUGGAAAAGGAAUGCGAAUAGUUAGAAACCCAUCAGAAUUUGAAUUACAGCUUGAAUCAUCUAAACAUGAAGCAAUGAAAUCUUUUGCAGAUGAUCAAGUUCUUAUUGAAAAAUAUUUAUUAACACCACGUCAUAUUGAGGUGCAAGUAUUUGCAGACACUAGUGGAAAUGUGGUCCAUUUGUUUGAAAGAGAUUGUUCGGUGCAAAGAAGACAUCAAAAAAUUUUGGAGGAGGCUCCAUCACCUGGUUUAAGUUGGGAAAUUAGAAAUGAAUUAGGUGCAAAGGCAAUAGCAGCAGCUAAAGCUGUUAAUUAUGUUGGUGCAGGCACUGUUGAAUUUAUAAUGGAUAAUGUGGACAAAAAAUUUUAUUUUAUGGAAAUGAAUACAAGAUUACAAGUUGAACACCCAGUAACAGAAAUGAUCACCUUAACAGAUUUAGUUCAAUGGCAAUUAGAGGUUGCAUCUGGUAAUCCUUUACCUGUUAAACAAGAAGAAUUAAAUAUUGAUGGACAUUCUUUUGAAGCCCGUAUAUAUGCAGAAAACCCAUCAAAUAAUUUUCUUCCUGAUCCUGGCCCAUUACUUUAUCUCAAAACUCCUAAUCCAUCAUCAAACAUACGAGUUGAAACUGGAUUUGUACAAGGAGAUGAAAUUAGUGUAUAUUACGAUCCUAUGAUUGCAAAAUUAGUCGUAAAAGGUCAUGAUAGAACAGAUGCUUUGAGAAUUUUAAGAAAAGCUUUAGAUGAAUAUCAAGUUGUAGGAUUAAAUACUAAUAUUGAGUUUUUAAAAAGAGUUGUUUCGCAUGAAGCUUUUAUUAAUGGUGAAGUUGAGACAGGAUUUAUUUCUGAACAUGAAACAGAAUUAUUUGAAAAUAGAUUAGAAAUUCCAAGUAAUUAUGAUAUAAUUCAAGCAAGUUCAUUAAUAAUUUUCAAUGGAUUAGAAGAAUUAAAGAAUUAUAAUACAUUGAAUCUCCAAGAUCCAUUCUCGCCUUGGAAUUCACUAAUCGCAAAAAGGUUAAACAUAAUACAUAAUCAUACUAUAAAGUUUCUAAACCCAAAUGAUAAUAAUAAAGAAAUACAAGUUAUAGUUGGAUAUAAUCAAGAUAAUACAUUUGAUUUUACAAUAAUUAAAGAUGGCGUUGAUGACAAACCACUAAUAAAAUUUAAAAAUGUAAUUAUAAAAUGGGAUCAGAAUGAACAAUUAAUAAUAACUGAUAUUGAAGAUCGUAGAUAUAUAAGCCGUGUAAUCUCAGAGAAGAAAAAUGGAAAUAUUACUGUAUUUGGUGAGCAUGGUAAAGUUGUAUUAAAAGUACCAGAACCUAAUUAUCUUAAAGUAGAAAGUGAAAAAAAUGAAGGAUCAGUGAUUACACCAAUGCCAAGACAAACAGUUGAAAAAGGAGCUCCUUUAAUUGUAUUAGAAGCUAUGAAAAUGGAGCAUAUAAUCAAGUCACCAUAUUCGGGUAUAAUUGAAGAAAUUUUAUAUAAUGUUGGAGAUUUAGUUGAAGAAAACAAAAAACUUAUAAAAUUUGCAAAUGAGUAA